GCAGGGCGAGUAACUGAUUUGAUAGCAAAAAGGGGGAGGAUCGGAGCUGAGGAGGCGCAGCGCUAAAUGCACCCCCGCUUCCAGCUUUCCCCUGAGGCCUGGUACCCUAUCUUCUAGGCAUCCCUGUUCUGGAAGGUGGUGACGCGAGUAAGGCAGAACCAAUUCAAGUAAUCUGUGGGUUUGGAAGGAUUCUCCGGUGACGUUCCGUGGGCGGGGCUAGGUGCUGGCAGGCUUCUGCUCGGUAGUUUCAGUAGUUUGUGCGGUAGCGGGCGCGAUGUGGCACGUCUUGGCCGCAGGUUCCCUCUUUUUUCCGGGACUCUACCUACUGUGCAGCCGGUGUGCCCGACGGACUCUGCCACAAUGGACAGAAGCUGACUGCUCGUUGCUUAGUACCAGAAUUGUAUCCUCUGUGCAAGGAGUGCUCGCUGCUUCCUCUGGUAUUAUUGUUAUCACUGCCUGUAAAGAUGUAAAGUUUGACAGACAUUGGCUGGCUACAGCUUACAUCUGGUUUAUCAUUCCAUACAUGGUGUAUGAUAUCUAUGCCAUGUAUCUUCGGCACUGGUACAGAUGUCACGAUAAACAAAUCAUGAAUGGAAAAGAUCACUUUUCUACUGCAAUGAACAGCUUGCUGCGGAAGGAUUUUCUCAUGCUGGUUCACCAUGUUGUGAUUCUAACAAUUCUUGUGCCCAUUGGACUGUUUCUGAGAAGAGAUAUUGGAGAUUUCUUUGUUGGCUGCCUUUAUGUAGCAGAGAUGAGCACUCCAUUUGUGUCACUUGGUAAAGUUUUAAUCCAGAUGAACUUGCAGAACUCCCUCCUGCACAAAGUAAAUGGUGCCCUUGUGCUAAUAAGUUUUUUCCUGUGCCGCAUUUGCCUCUUUCCAUUUAUGUAUUACGCCUACAGCCAGCAAUAUGGGAUCCCCUUAUACAAAGUGCCUUUCAGCAUACCUCUACACUGCAACAUUGCCAACGCAUCCAUCAUGGCUCCACAGAUAUACUGGUUCUGGCUUAUUUGCAAAAAAGCUUUAAGACUUUAUCGGGGCCCAGCUAGAUCUGGAAAAGACAGAUAACAGUUUCGGAAAUUCCUGUAUGAAUAAUCUGUGACUUAUUGCCAUGAACCAGAAUACUCACUGGAAAUUUUAAACCUAUAAGCACUGAGCUUUUAUUAACUCCAGGCCUGUAUCUGACAAGGGAGUGUAACAUGUGUGACCCAAUACACUGUCAAAUGUCCCCAAGGCCACAACUGCAGAGACUGUACAUUAUCAAUGAAAAGCACAAUCUCUCCACAUGAACACAACAUUGAGCUCAUCUUCUUUUUGUUAAAAAAAAAAAAAAA